UUUUUCUCUGGCCACAGUGAACGAAAGGCCGUUUCGAAGGAUCGGCUGUAUUGGCACAAGUUUCCUGCUGUUUUCCUGCGUCUAUUCAUGCAAAUGCGAUACAGUUCAGGUGGCUAAUAGAGUGAAAUAUGAACAAUUCUAUGAAGAAAUCGAAAAUUUCAGCGAAGAUGUCCAGAAGGAAAUCAUCGCAUCUAACAAAACUACACAUUCAUGAAUAUGCAGAGGCGGAUUCGACGACUUCCUCUUACUCUACUUCAUCGAUUGCAUUAAUACCAGUUUCUUCGAAAUUUUUAGAGUUUUUGCAGCAUGGGAAUAUUUACAUGAAAAAUAUUCGUCUAGAAUACGAACAAAUGCUGAUACGUACUUCUUUAUUUAAACCUCAAUCAUUGAAUUUACGAGAUGUGAUUCCUUAUGAAUAUUUUUUAAAUGCCAUUCUACAAAUUGAUCAGUAUCAUAUUUUAUUAAGUGGAAAAUCUUUCCACUACCAAUAUUUAAUUCAUCAUUUAAAAAAAUGUUUACUGUGUAAUAGGCAAAUUGGUCUAUGUAUUAGUCUUCCUUCCGUGAUAUCUAGUAGAGAGUCAUUACCAGUAUCAAUUCAACAUCUUGACAGUAUCCAUGGAUAUGCUGAUGCAGAUUCGACAACUUCUUCAUGGUGUGUCGUUCCAUCAGUCGGAAUAACGCUGAUCUCUUCAGAUCCGUUGAAAUUUCCUCAAUCAGAAAGCGUUCACAUUAGCAAUAUUCGUCAUGUAUACGAUCGGAUGCUUAUUGAUAUUUCAUUGUCUGAACCUCAACUAUCAAAUUCGAAAGAUCUCGUUCCUUAUGAGUACUUUCUAACAGCCAUUUUAAAAACGUACCAAUAUUAUAUACAAUUAUUUGGAAACGCUUUUUCCUUUCACCACUUGAUAAGUCAUCUAAAAAGUUGUUCAAACUGUAAUACUAUGAUUGGUACAUGUCUUUGUGGUACACCUAAGUGAAAAAAUAUAUUUUUUUUAUUUUUAGAAUGUAUAAUUAAAAGUGCUUACAAUUCA